AUGGCUCUCUGCCUUGAACUCAAAUCAGAUACUCUCUUAGACUUCUUUUUUCUUAGCUUGGACACGAUCAAGGAAGUAGCGGCUAUUCUUGGCGACCAUGAAACUGAGCUCAAUUCUAGGAGCUUCUAUCUCCAUCUGAACGCACGUUGCGCUCUGAUACUCUCUCAAGGAACCUCGAUAACGACUACCUGUAGCGCUGAUAGGGCCAGUCUUGCUCAUUAUAUUCUUGGCCGCUUGGAUUCACUGGUUGAUCGUGGUAUUAUCCCACCCGCAGACGCCUCAACGUCUUGCCAGUUUCCGCAUAUGCAGGCCCUCAAUAAGCUCUGGACAUCAUAUGGAAAAGACGAAACAUUAUCCAGAUUUCUAUACACCAAGAGCUGUAUCAACUUUGGAUCUCUCAAAGAGCAACGCGAACUCCUUACGGGUUUAAAAAGGUGCGAGGAUUAUUUUGUACCGGAAUUCAGAGAUGAUUAUCGCCUUGAUGAACCACCCACAUGGAAACGAAGAAGCGAGCCGCCAUAUGAAUCGUUUAUUGCUGCCCAAUCUCUGUUCCAGGCCCUUGAAGUAGCUGGAAGAUGUUUAUGCCCUCAUACCUACGCAGCCAGGUUUUGCAUCAAGACACAUCGAGAUAGCGAUCUAAACGAAGAGUACGAUUUUAGUCUAUUUCUUGGAACAGAUAAACGCUGGCAAGAUGCUCAUUUUCAUACCGUGAAGAAAACCCAUUCAACUGUCAGCUUUGCGAUUGAGGAUGGCCCACGCUCUAGCAGGAGGGAGACGUCCAGAACGGGGCGCAAAGAGGUCAAAAUUUUAUGCGACUCUAUAAAAAAGAUACAACAGAACUUUCCAACAUACCGACUCAAAUUCUUGGUUGAGAAUAACAUACUCUGGAAACUACAGUCGGAACCAAGUAAUACGGCCAACAUAAUAACGCAUGCCAUCACUCUUCAACGUUUCAUGGCAGAAGAGUCUUCGAAGCUCACCGAAAAGACUAAACGGAUUUUAGCAGUCCUUUUAAGCUAUGCCGUUCUUCAUUUACACCAAACUCCUUGGCUAAAUAGUUCUUGGGGUCCAGCCAAUAUAAUUUUUCUCAGAACGCCGUCUGGCACGCCUCUGCAACCUUACAUCGAACUAAAAGUUCUUCAGUUUGGUAACGACAUCUUGAAUAACACCUCAAAUCCAAUCGCUGACAACAAUGACGACGACGAUGAUGAAGAUUUUGAUCCCGACGACUUCAUGUUCCAUCCGUACCCAUCGCUAGUAGCUUUAGCAGCCAUGCUCAUCGAACUGCAUCUGGCCCGAAGACUGCAAACUAUCGCACAUGCUCACAAUCUUGAGUAUAACGAAGACAUGAACGACUGCGCCAAAUACAUAGCCACUGCUGCAGUUUUCGACAAGUGUAAAGAUGACAUUUCAGAACAAACUCGCGAGGCGAUCGAUAAAUGCCUGAAUCCGAAUAUUGAUAUAGACGACAACAGAAACCAACUUGACGCCCACCAGCUGAGGAGCGUGAUUUACAAAGAUAUAGUAAGCCGACUCGAGUAUGAACUCGAGCAUACAUUCAGCUAUAUCAAGAUUGAGACGCUCGACACAGAGGCACAAAAGCUAGAUCUCACGCGAUGGGGACAACCAAUUGCGGACAAAGAAACCAUACAGGAUUGGCAUGCCGAUCACGGUUUAUCUGUAUCACGCGUUCGAACGCCAUUAAAUGACCAAAGUAGGGAAAGCCAAAGAUCCAAGGAUUCUACAUUGAAAAGAGCCAACCACGCGAAUGAUUUUAAAUUCUUUGAUGACCAGAGCGUUGCUUCAGACAUUUCUUCCACGUCCCGUGAUGCGUAUUUGGCCUGGAAGAAAACGUAUCGUCCCGUAUAUGACCGCCUCAUUGAAGGCGAUUCCGUUAAAGUCCCUGUCAAAAUCGCGGUUCUCGACACCGGGGUAGACAAAAGUCACCGCGAUUACGAAGCUCAAGAAGAGCGCAUUCAGAGAGGAGAAUCGUUUAUACCCGGUUGCCGGCAGAAAGACGACGUUUCCGAUCGUUGUGGGCAUGGCACGCAUGUUGCGGGCUUAUUGUUAGACUAUGCGCCUGACGCAGAACUAUACAUCGCUAAGAUAUGUGAUCUUGAGCCACCCAAGCCUGCCACUGUUGCAAAAGCCAUAGACCGCGCAGUGAAUGAGUGGAAGGUUGACGUGAUAUCAAUGUCUUUUGGAUUUCCAUCCCGUGAAGUUGACGGAUACGAGCUUCUUGAGCAAUCAAUAAAGCGUGCCAGCAAUCAAAACGUCCUCCUCUUUGCAGCAGCGUCAAAUAAUGGGGCCAAUACGAAGAGGGCAUAUCCCGCAAGACAUCCAGAUAUUAUUUGCAUACAUUCGACCAAAGCUAACGGUGCUCCCUCCGACUUCAAUCCGUUGCCUCUUCUAGGGGAUAAUUUCGCCACGAUAGGUGAGGCAGUUGAGUCUGCCUGGCCUGUUGGUCUCUGCGAUCGGAAGAGAAACGUGAAUUGUACUGCAAGCAAGUCGGGUACUUCAUUUGCAACGCCCAUUGCAAGCGGGAUUGCUGCUGCGUUGUUACAAUAUGCAAGAGCAAAGCUGCAUCCCAAAGAAGCUCAGCAACUGAAGCAGAGUCAAUUCAUGAAGGCCGUCCUGAAAGCAGUCUCUAUAAGAAGUCAAGGAUACGAUUACAUUGCACCCAGCCUACACCCUGACAGCCCUUUUGGUAAGGGUGAGAAUUCCCUAAAUAGUAGAAUCCGGGACGCAAUGAAAGAUGUCUAGACCAUAACCCAAUACAACAAUGUUAUGCACAAACUAAUAAUUCCAUAUGUUAUUAUGUCAAAUAGACCUGCUUGCCGCUCCUUCUGGCAGUGCGAUGAUAAUUUUCUCAUCGUCAUCUAUAAUCUCCUCUUUUAAGAAUCCCUCUUCCACUGGAUCCGCUUCUUCUACGUUUGCAAUUUCCAGCGCAAUAUUCACCACGGUCUUCUCCUCUCUUUCGAACAUUGCACCCUUGGUAUAAUCUUCUUCUAGUAUUGAACCCUUCUUAACCCAUACCUUGCUCACCCUGUAUGCGAAAAUGAAGUCACUAUGAUCUUCCCAGCUCAUUUUGUCCUUUGCUGCUUUCUUUGUAAAUAUCUCAGGCGUAG